AUGGGCUGCAUAGAAUCUACUCAGGCCAGAAACGAAGCCGAAGCAAGACGAGAGAAAAUCAAGAAACCUGAACCGUGGGCACAUACCGAGCCAAUCACAAGGGCACAGCUUAUGAACAUGCGUGAGGAGUUUUGGGACACUUCUCCACACUAUGGUGGUCAAAGAGAGAUUUGGGAUGCACUUCGAGCUGCUGCUGAAGCUGAACUGACACUAGCGCAGACAAUUAUUGACAGUGCAGGCAUCAUUGUUCAAAACCCUGAUCUAACAUUGUGUUGGGAUGAAAGAGGUGCUAGAUAUGAGCUUCCUACGUAUGUUCUAAGUGAGCCCACGAAUCUGAUCCGGGAGCAGGGGGGACAGUAA